GCGUCUCAAGGCGGAGGAGAAGAGGCAGCGCGCUGGCGUCUGGACGGCGGGAACCGGCUCCGGAGCAAGAACACGCGUGAGAGAGCCCGAGAGAGGGAGACUGAGAGAGAAUGAGCCCGGGAGACAGGGGGAGAGCGCGAGCGAGAGAGACGGAUGGAGAAGGGGGGUGGGAGAGAGACAGCGAGAUACAGCCUUCCUAGAUCCGGGCAGGUGUGCGUUAGUGUCACCAGACUAGAAUCCUUCUGUUUGGCCAACCGGGAACGGUGCUUUCGGAGAGAUCACCUGCUUUCCUCCGACGCCCUUCUCUCUUCAGCGUGAGAAUGGCGGUGGUACAAAUCGGCGCGUGUCGUAUUUCUCUUUCCCUAGUUGGCGAUGGCCGAUUUUAAGCGGAGAAAGCCCAUCCUGAAACUUGCUGUGGGCACUUGCAGGCACCGGGAUAUAAUCCGGCUGGAAUCAGUGUUCAACAGGUUCAGAAAGAACCAGUUUCCUUGGCAUCACCUCUCUCCCCACCCCACGUCCCACCCCACAAUAGAAGACAGAAUGACAGAAGUGUUUUCAAAGAAAACUACAUUUCCAGUAUUGAAACCCUCAGAGAAACUCUUUCUAGGACGUGUGAGAGAGAUUUGGCAUGUGAAAAGACAAGCAUUCCUUAGGCUCUGUGGUUGCUGCCUUAGUGUGCAAAUUAGGUUGACCUAAUAUUUUUGUUUUGUUUUGUGCUUUAAAUCAAGUAACUAUCCAAGCUGCAGUGUUUAAUAUUUAGAGAAGGAAGGCAUCUUUGCUUGUCCACUUUGCUGGGGUGCAGCCAAUUCUGGGCAGCAGACCUCUGUGCCAUCCAAAACUUGUUUUUAUGAUUAGUCACGGAUUUCCCUUUACAUUUCCAAUACCAUUUCCCCAUAUCUACGUUUCCCUAUUGGGUGUAUAGAAUGUGUGCGGGUGGGUGGGUUGUUGUGUGUUUAUGUUACAAAAAAAAAAAAAAUAGGGAAUGGUUCUCAGGGUCCCGGCAAGGGAGAAAGGGGACAUAAAGAGUGGAUUUCUGUAUUUUUAGGAGAAGCAUUUCAAGUGUUGCCUGUCAAAGGGGCAGUGUCUCUUAUCUGGAACUCCUUGGCAUUUUAUAACAUGUUUUGUAAAUACUUUUCAUGGGGAAGCACUGGUUUUACUGUUUCUAGUUGGAUAUUGAUUACAUGUAAAAAAAGAAAAAUCGUGCUUCAGAUUGGGUGAAAUAGCCAAGUUAAAACUGUAAAUUGGAGUGAUCCAUUUCCUCUAUCCAGCCUUUGGGUGGAAUAAAACUCAAGAUAAAUAAAUGUUCACUUCUGGACUGGGCAGUCGUGUGUGGCAAGGGAAAUUUAGUUUUCUUCAGUCAAAGGCCUGACGUGCUAAAAUGCAAUCCAUACUGUAUUUAGCAGGUUAUAAGAAUUUGAAGGUAAGGAGAGCCACAGGUAAGUAUAUGACAGUGAAUGUGAAUUAAAACAGGUGACAACAUGAAGAGAGAGAAAUUGGUGUACUGAAUAUAGUGCAGAGACUUUGCAUUUUAACAGACCUGAGUGAGAAAUUGUUCCCUACCACAACCGAGCUGUGUGACCUUGAGUGAGAGGUGUAGCGGUCACUCUGGCCUGUAUCAGCAGAACUGAUGACGCGAACCCAGUGAUGGUUGACCUUGGGAAUGUCCACCUUUGCAAGACGGGAAAAUAUGGAUUCUGCGGGGCCGACAGACUAAGUGAGACAUUUAUCAAGGGGCCCCAGAUUCUCCUCCUUUUAUCUGAUAGAUGUUUGUGAGUGUCCACUGGGAUCGAGGCUCUGUGAUGGGUGAAGAAGACAGACAAAAAUUCCUGUGUACCGUCAGCUCCUGGGCUGGUUUUCCCUCAUGCACUGAAGACCUCUCCCCCAGAAGGCUGGCCGUUCCCCUGUGUGCUUCCGCAUGUGGAAGCCACAAAUACACGUCAUCUUAUAUUGAGUGGAUCCAUUCACUUCAGCUCCAGUUCUGUCCUCAGACUGGUCACACACCUUCCUCGCUACCUUCAGGGUGUUUGAAAACCUCCAGCCUCACCUUCCUUUCCAGACACAAGGGCCAAGCAGAGCUUCCAGCUCAGACUAGACCUCCAUGGAUCCACUCCAGAAAUGGAAUCCAGCGUUGACCUCGGAAUCUUCUCAGCUGACAGCUUCAGAGACUUCGCAGGAGGGCACAGUAGCUUCUUGGCCUUCCUCCUCAGAGCAGCUGAUGAUGGGCCUGGGUAACCCACGCCCUAGUCCCGGCACCAGCCACCCUGCACCUCAGCCAGAGGGGCUGCUCCAACAGCGAUACCGAGAGGAGAAGAGCCUGCAAGAGAGGCGGUGGGAAAGGUUGGCAUUCCCUCAGAGGAAGAAAGCAUUCCUGGGGCACCUGAGGCGGAGACACCGCGACCACAUGGCACCUUACCCGGUUGAGAGGGAACCCAGGAUCUCUCCCUCAGGGAACAGAGAUCAGAAUCGAUUCCGAUGUGAAUGUCGAUACUGCCAGAGCCAUAGGCCAACUCUUUCUGGGAUCCCUGCGGAGAGGAGCGGGGCUCCUCCUGCUUCUUCCUGGGAGACGCUAGUGCAGGGCCUCAGUGGUCUGACCCUCAGCCUGGGUGGUAGUAGUAGCCAGCCCGGCCUUCUGCCAGAAGGGGCUCUCCAGCAGCAGGAGAGAGAGGAGAAGUGCCAACUGGAGAGGCAGCAGGAGAGCAAAAGAGUGUUCCAGAGGCUGCUCAAACAGUGGUUAGAAGAAUACUGAGAUGCUUGUCAUCACACUAUGGAGGUCGGAAGGGGUUCAGACAUAGAUGCGGUGUUGCCAGCUCCUGGGCGUGGGACCAGACAGUAAGCUCUAGUUGGAGGACUACCGAGACCUGUGUCAUGACUGGAAUCCUCCCAGCGUGAUGCUGGAAGGAAGUUCCUACUCUCUUGUGCCUGUCAUUCCUGGAUCGCUGUGAGGCAUUCUGUGACAAGGGGAACUGCAUACCAGUGGUCCUCACCUCAUCUCAUGUGGCUCCCGUGGUGCAUGUUUCCCACCCUGGAUCUCCAUCUUUCCUCUCUACCUUGUUGUCAGUAAGAGAUAAAAUGUCUGUGCAGUGUGAUUGCCUUGUUGCUGUCCCUGUGCUUUUGUGCCAUUUAACUGACUGCCUCCCAGAAGCAGCACUAGGUCUGUUGAAAUGCGCUGUGCUCCGCAGGUCCCACCUGCGGUGCAUCUUACAAGGGUACACGUGAAGCUUAGUAAAUGUAGAAUAUAAAUGUCUUAACACAAUAACUAAGAAAAUGUCAGGAAGGCUAUGUUAAACCAGUGUGAUGGAAAUGUGUCAAACGGUCUAUAAAACCAGUGUAUGGUGCCCCAUGAUCGCAUUAAUGUACGCAGCCAUGAUUUAAUAAUAAUAAUGAAAAAAAGAAAUGCA